UUCGCAUUUAGUUUUUUUGAUUUGACUUCACUUUAUGUUUAGUCUUCGGCGAGUUCGGAACGUUGCGGCGGCGUUUUUCGGCCACGCUUCUCAAAUUUCUGCUUUCGUUGAAAAAUAAACGGAUCUCGAACGAUCUCGCCAGCGAAAAAUGCCCGGCACCUCGUAUCCCACGAAUAACGAUAAUUUCAGCAACGGAUUUCCGAUGGCCACCACACAAAGUGAGCGUCUGUUGCAGGCUCAGAAUAGAAGAAAAUUCAGUUUUCCUGCCACUCUACAUUCCGCCUCUCUGUUGGAAGUGGGUGGGGGCCAAAAGGAGACCACUCGGCGAAGGUUGAGCAAUGUCAGCGAUGCGGUCACCAGGAAGCUAUCCUACACGAUUGGCUGGAAGGCGGCCCAGAUUCCAGCGGUGGACAUCAUCACACAGGGUCGUUGUCUAUGUGGUCACUACAUCAAGCGACGUCUGAGAAGAUCGGGUUUGUUUAAUAAAAAGCUUGGACUACAGCGGAUACGAAGUAUUCUUGGUUCCACCUCCAUGGGCAUUGUGCGGGACGUUUUUCCAGCAGUUCAAGUGCUGGGUGACGAACUGGAGCGCAUGCAUCCGCGUGUUUACAAUGGAGUAGCUCGUCAGAUUUGUCGAAAUCCAGGCGGUGAGUUCAACACUCCGGAUGCUGUGAGUGUGCUACUGGGAGCUGUCGGUCGGGAGCUUUUCCGAGUGGAGAUCACCUGGAGCAAGGUGAUCUCUUUGUUUGCCAUUGCCGGAGGUCUAUCCGUUGAUUGUGUGCGCCAAGGACAUCCAGAAUAUCUGCCCAAGUUGAUGGAGAGCGUCUCGGAGGUGAUCGAAGAUGAGCUGGUGCCUUGGAUUAAUGAGAACGGUGGUUGGGGCGGGAUUAACACACAUGUUUUACCCACUACCAACAGCCUGAAUCCCUUGGAGUGGACCACUCUGGUCAUAGGCGUAGUUUUUGGCCUGAUUUUAGUUCUUAUGGUUUUGCGAUUUAUAAUUAACACGAUAGUACCGAAAAUAUAUCAACGAUUUACGAACUGAACUUAAAAAAUGGUGUCCACUCAGGGUUAGUGAUAAUUCAUAUUUGAUAACUUAUAUAUUUUUGAAUAAAGUGCCACACAUUUUAGAUCA